UUUUUUUAUUUCUCCAAGUAAAACAGCCCGUCCAAUUCUGUCCUCAUCUCGUUCGAUCCCCCACCAGCUCUCAUCUCGUUCGAUCCCCACCAGGCUCAUCCAGAUGUGCCAUUUCCCCCGAUUAAGGAAGAUGUCGUUGGUGCCAGCAGGAAACUAAUUCCCAGCCUAUUCUCCAGCAUCCGGAUCGAGUCUGCUGGCAGGCCACGGGGAGGGCAAUGGAGAACGUGGCAUGCCGCUCAACCUCGUCAUGGCCGGCGGCUAGCUAUCAUAGCUGAGGUGCUGGAUGUUGGUAGAUCGGGGGAUGCGCUGGUGGAGCUCACGGAGAGGGCUGCACCAAUUCGUGAAUUUCCCAGGUGAACUCACGCGGCGGAGAAUGGUUGGAUCUAAAUGCACGGGACAACGGAUGGCACCGUGGUUAUGGUCCAUGAGAUCUAUAUGUGGGUAAUGUAAGCAAGUCACGCCGUGGACUGCACAGUGCGGUGGUUCUCCUAUUAGCUCAGGUGCUGGAGAAGAGAUAGUCAGAAUGGCGACACCGGGCAAAUCUAACCUUAUGUGGAACACUGGAGAGCUUGCUGAUCGGCUUGUACCAUGUUUUGCUAUUAAGCUUAUGAAGCAAGGUGUAUCUGAGCUGAAUAUCUAGCCUUUUGAUGGACGCGCUGGUAAUGGUGAACAAAUAUAUGUUCAGGUAAUUUUUACUUAGCAAAAAUAGACGUAAAGUAUAUAAAAAUAUGAAGAAAGUAUUCAAUCUGUUCUGUAUUAAAGACAUAGUGGCAACAUUCACACACUAUCAAGUAAUCUUACUGUAUAUUUGCUAUAUUGCAUUUUUUUGAUUCCACAACUUUAAAAUUGCAGAACAUACAAUUCAAAGAAGUGCAUGUCUGACUGUAUUUCAAAAUUUACACCAUGACAUGGUUCUGAUAGUGCUGACAGAUGCUCUCUCAGUAUAUUAUUUCUUAUCUAAUAGGUGUCCUUAUUGGUAGAUGUUAAGUAUUCUUUCUCCAUCUCAGUAAAUAAAAUAGUCCUUAGAUUCACUGGAUAAGCUACUAAUCAAUAAUUUUUUGGAUCUGAUUCAUUAGUUCAUAAAUAAUAAAGGAUACAGUCUCAUACUUAUCAAGAAUUUCCCGAGUUUCAGAUAUUCUAGAUUUGUAUAUUUUCUUGUGGCACUGGUUCACUUUAGGUACAACCCUAGUUAAACAAUGAUCAAUGCAUUAGAUAUUAUUACUAAAUAAAAAGAAGAGCAUGUUACGUUACUGGACUUAUCGUUGAACUUUUGCACUGUUGUUGAGGUUACAGUAAGGAUAGUUUGGUUGCUGCUUACAUCCUCAUUUGAAAAAUAAGGAAACUUACCUCAUAAUACCACUGAUUUUUAUUACCCCUAAAGAGUAUAAGCAGAAAAAGUUAAUUCUUACAGCAAUGGUGAAAGUCCAAUUAAUAUUUUAAGAAUGGGAUGCAUUGUGCACUUACUCUGGUAUAUAAUUUCAAUCUGACAGAAAUAUGAAGGUUAUGAGUUAUUUCCUCUUAUUCUUGAUUCCACAGGUUUCAUUUGGUGAGUAAUCAAAUGGCAUAUGUUGGAGAUUAAUCAGUUCAUUGUAAAAUUAAUUACUUGACAAAUCUUAUUUACAACUACAAAGUAUUGACAUACCUGAGCAUUCUUUAUCUUUCCUGGCUUGUUCUUAUUUACAACUACAAGUCUUUGCUAGCAUUAUCGAAGUAGUAAUGUGGAUAACCUUGUGCCGAUAUUUUCACCUUUCAAAUUGUCAAUUACAUAAAUAGAUUUCUCAUUUAUCUUUUAUUUCUAUGUGUAUCAGAUUCUGCCACACAGUAGCAUGAAUUUUUGGCCCUAUAAGAACAAUCAAAAUAUACUUAGUGAUUGUUGUUUUAGUUUUAAAAGGUUGGAACAAUUUGCAAUUAAAUAUGCUAUGGAAAUACCUUUUCAUCCAUCUGGAUAAUAUUGAGGCUCAUAAGCUCGUCGGCUGUAGAUCUGAGUCCCACAUUCUCAUGAGUUCCACUUCAAUGUUCCAGUUUUGCUUCCUUGUUGUGAAGUCGCCAUGCUUCUUGUAUGCCAUUGUUUCCUCUGCGAGAAGGCUAGAACUUUGUUAGCUAAUAUUCAUAUGAAGAUUGUAUCCAGAAUAAUAACUACGCACCUUUAUGAUUCAGGUGAUAGGCAACUCAGAAGGAUGGCUGGGCGUGACUUUGUCGAGUGUCGGGCAAAAAGUAAGCUUGCUAAAUGAAAAUUACCAAAUCUGAAGAUUCAGGCGAGAGAUGCUUUGGCGUUACUUGUUCUGACGUUGAUUGAAGCAGUUGGUCGUGCCUUCGUUGGGCGUCGAGCGUGCUUUGGUGUGUCGUGCCUUCGUUGGGCAUCGAGCGUGCUUUGGUUUGACUUCGUCAAACGUCGAGCAAAGUUGCGUGUUUCUCUGCGAGAAGGCUAGAACUUUGUUAGCCAAGAUUCCUAUGAAGAUUGUAUCCAGAAUAAUAACUACGCACUUUUAUGAUUCAGGUGAAGGCAACUCAGAAGGAUGGUUGGGCGUGACUUUGUCAAGUGUCGAGCAAAAAGUAAGCUUGCUAAAUAACAAUUACCAAAUCUAAAGAUUCAGGCGAGAGGUGCUUUGGCGUUACUUGUUCUGACGUCGAUUGGAUCAGUUGGCCGUGGCUUCGUCGGGCAUCGAGCGUGCAUUGGUAUGACUUCAUCGAACAUCGAGCAAUGUUGUGUUGCCUCCUAUAGAAUCUUCUUGGGUCCGAAUAACUGCCACACGUUUGGCGUCGAUAGGAACCCGCCCGCACGCCUCGUGCGGCAUAGACAGGGAUCGGCCCGCACGACCACGUCCGAGCGCACAAAAGCACGGCCCGCACGUCCGGUGUGUGGCAACCCCGCCCGCACUGCCCUGUCCGGGCCAGAAGACCGGCUGCCCGCACGACCCAGCCGAUCCACGCCUCCGAUCCAUCCCCUCUCUCGUACGCCGCCAUCGUCCCCCACCUCUCGAACCCCGACAUCCGUCGCCGGCCAUCCCUGGUUGCCAUGGCAACCAGGGCAGAUCCGUAGGGCGCUCCGACCCCAAACCACACCCUAACCCUUCCCAUCCCCAGCCGCCCACUCCAAUCCAGCCCUCCAGACACGAUCAACUAAAACCAGGUGAAAAUUCUCGAUCUCGUCCUUCCCUCUCAUCCUUAAGGCUGAAAAUCUCCCGAUCUUGUACUGGGUCCAUACUAUAGGGGUAGAACACUGCAUGGUUCGGUGUAUAUUCGCAAUUGCCAGGCAGAAUACACCAGAUCUGCCAUGUACUACGUUUGAGGUUAACUUAGGUGCCUAGUUUAGGCACUUAAGUAGUUGGGUAUGAAAUGGAUGAGUAGGAAUCCCUAAAAAAGGGCAGGAAGGACGAUUUUUUGAAUGAAGAGGGUGGGAAAAAAUAAUUGCCACUUGUGUGUAACGACAGUUGCCGCUUGUGUAUGAUGACAAUUGCCACCUAUUUUGACCUGUUGCUUGCCAUCCCUAUCUUCCAUGUGCAAGCAGCAGAAGAAUACAAUUCUUGUGGAUUAUUGAUGCCUUUUUGAUCAUCCAGUGAUUGAGAACAUGUCGGAAAAGAAUCGAGACGCGGAAAGGAUGAAUCGCGAAGGUGGCGCUGAUGCUUGGGGUUCUCAAAGGCCAGAAACACCGCCUUGGGAUGCAGCAGAGUAUAGUCAACUCAUCUCUGCAGGGCCGUUGCUGCCACUACUAGAACAGUAUGCAGGCGUAGGUUCUUAUGACCAAAACACUCUCAGGGGGGCCCCAUGGCAAGUUCAGUCACAAGGCGCUAACACUGACAUAUUUACGGGCAACCAACCUCAACUAGCUAGUAUGGCUAAUCAAGGGCCUUCAUGCAGCACGUGGCAUCAGCCAGCACCCAUGUACCUGCCAUCGACGUCAUACACAGCGUAUUACGCUGGUGGUGACACGGCAAACGUCCCGUGGCAAGCUUCACAAAUUGCAGGUGGAGCACGACAUUUUGGUGUCACAGACCACACAAGAUGGCCAAAUGCAGCACAACAAGAACCUACAACUACAGUGAACAGCGGUGCGGGGACAUCUACUGCGGGGAGCUCUGAGCGCACGGAAGACGCGUUCCACCAGCCAGCAGACUGUCAUGCCGCAAACAAUUUCGAGUCAGAGUCGGGAAUGGCAAUCAUUCCAGCAAUGCCGACGAGCACCCCUUUGAACACAAGCACUAGCAACACUCGAGUAGAUGGAACUGCCGCCGAUACUGAAGCGAAUGAUGAAACUGACGACGACGCACAAGAGGAUGAAGAUGGUGGGCAAUCCGAGAUCGUGGUACCUCAGCCACCAUACAUUGGGCAGAGAUUUGGAUCGUUCGCAGAAGCAAAGGAAUACUACCAGGCAUACGCAAAGUUCCAUGGAUUUGCGGUCAACACCGAGUACCAUAGGAAAAUUAAGAAAACUAAUGAGUACAGCAGAGGUGAGAUGAGGUGCCACAAGGCACGGAGGAACAAGAAGGGGAAAGGUGUUGCGCCUGUCGUUCCGGAACGAAAGAGAGGCAUCAUUCUCAAGACGGGGUGCCCUGUCCGGUGUAAGCUAAACGUAGAUGGAGCAACAUGGGUGGUCAAUGAGUAUUUUGACGAGCACAACCACAAACUCAUAAAGAAGUUCGACCUGGUGAAAUUUCUGACCGCCCACAGAGGGUUCACCCCCGUCGAAAGGAAAUUCGUAAAGCUGCUACAUGAUUGUAACGUCGGUCCAUCAAGAAUGGUACAGAUACUAUCUCUCAUCCACAGCAAAAAGGGGACUCUGAGUAGCAUGCCGUACAUACCAGCUGACGUCACAAACCUACAGGCCAAGUACCGUAGAGAGAGCAAGUUGGCAGACAUAGAGGCCACAAUAGCCUACUUCGAUGCGAAAGCAAAGGAAGAUCCAGAUUUCUUCUACAGGAUAAGGUUGGACGAUGAGGACCGUGUCAGGAACAUGUAUUGGGUGGAUGGUGCUGCAAGGAGAGCCUACAAACAUUUCCGAGAUUGCAUUUCAUUCGACGCGACGUACCUCACCAAUAUGUACAAGAUGCCAUGCGCUCCGUUCAUAGGAAUAAAUAACCACAAUCAGUCGUUGCAGUUCGGAUGCGGCCUCGUCCGGAACGAAGACACAGAUGGGUACGUUUGGCUGUUCAAGACCUUCUUGGAGUGCAUGGAUGGACUUGCUCCGAUGAACAUAAUAACGGACCAAGAUUUCAGCAUGCGUGCAGGCAUAGAGGAGGUCUUUCCGUUGGCAGUGCACAGGCACUGCAGGUGGCACAUUAUAAAGAAGGCUGAGGAGACGCUAGGACCGUUCUUUGCCGACCGUCCAGAGCUGCACAAGGCAUUCGAGCUGUGCGUGGACCACAGCUUGACGGUGGAGGAGUUUGAAAGGAGCUGGAUGGCCAUGACUGAAACACAUCAAACUACGCAGCGCAGCGAGGGGUUCAAUGCUGUUUUAAAGCGGUACGUCAGCCCUGGCAACUCAUUGCUACAGUUUGCCAAGCAGUACACAGCUUUGCAACAAAAAAUUCUGGGAUCUGAGCUACAGCAAGAAGCGACCACAGCCCUAAAGCAGCCAAAAUUGCUAACGUAUUUACCGAUGGAGAGGCAAAUGAGCAAGAUAUACACCAACAAGAUCUUUAACAAAUUCCAGGAAGAAAUAAAGCGUGCCAGCAUGUUCACGGCUUUCCGGGUGGACGAACAUACGUUCAAGGUGUGUUCUAUUUUGGGCAUGUCAGAUUCAGAACCUGAAGACGCGGACAAAGGAAGGAACUACUUCGUCAGAGCCUCGAUAGGCGAAGGCGAGUACUACUGCCAAUGCUGCAAAUUCGAACGGGACGGCAUUGUGUGCUGUCACAUACUAAAAGUCAUGGACAUGAACGCUGUGACACGCAUGCCCCGCCAUUUCAUAAGGAGGCGAUGGACUUGGGACGCUGACGACGCGUUGGCGCCGCAGACAACACACGCAGUUCUGGCUGUGCAUGACGAGAGACCUGAGUCAACCAUGGAAGCCGUGAGGCACGUUGUGCUGACAAAGAACUAUGCUGAGCUAAUUGAUGAAGCGUGCAAGAGUGAUGACACAGCGAGAGUCGCAGAAAAACACAGGAAGGCACUGAAAAGAGAGCUUGAUGAGAUCAAAAAAAGGAAAGCCGAGGAAGCCUUACACCGGUUCCCCCGCACAUCAAGUGUGCCUUCAUCCACGGGGCCAUCGUCUGAAAACUCGGAGAUAGGAUCUGGAACAGCAAGCACACAAACCCAGGUCAGGAACCCACCCCGUUCCAUCACAAAGGGUCGUCCGAGAGAGAUAAGGUACAAGUCGGGACUGGAGAUUCAAGCAAAACACAAGAAAACGAAGAAAGGGGCGGGCAAUCCAUGAGCAAAAAUUGGGGCGCUGUGACAUGGUCCAUGUGGACAUUUUGUUUUGUACCCCUAUACGAUGGGAUUUUUUUAAUUGGGAGAA